CCCAGCUAUCCGGAAACGGUUACUGAGCACGAGUGCUUGCAUUUUCCGUCCAGGCAAAGGUGUAGCGAUGGCUAACUUGUGGAAUGCCAUAGCAAAUGAACUCAGACAAGUUGCUGAUUUGACAGAAGACAACACAGUUUCUAACGAUUAUGUUCUCUAUCGUCUCGACUGCUUAACAGAAAGAAUAAUACUGUUAGAAGCAACCACCGAAGCAGAUCUUGUCCCAGCCGUGUUGCAAAAUUUGGACGAGGCAGCUCGCCGCUUGUACGACUCUGCUAACCCCAACGGUUUAGUUGGGAGGCCUCGUCAGCUGAUUCCGAUAGAGUUUAUGGAAAGUCUUCUGCUUUCUGGUUUCACGGUUCCUGACAUUGCAAGACUCAUGGGUGUUAGUGAGAGAACUAUUCAUCGCCGGAUGGCAGAGAACGGAAUGAGGGUGUCUGACUUACUGAACAACAUGUCAGAUGAAGAGUUGGAUGCAGUUGUGGGGGAGAUACUUUGCUACUAUCCCAACACCGGCUACAAAAUGAUGAUGGGCCAUUUGAAUGCCAGAGGUAUAAGGAUUCAAAGAAGCAGAGUGCAAGAGGCAAUGGUUCGUGUGGACCCAGCGGGGGUUUAUAUGCGCAACUUUCAGCUACAAACUGUGAGGCGCAGACGAUAUUCUGUUCCAUCCCCCAACAGUCUGUGGCACAUUGAUGGAAACCAUAAACUGAUAAGAUGGAGAUUUGUGGUUCAUGGAGGCAUAGAUGGAUUCAGUCGUCUGAUAGUAUACCUUAAAGCUGCUACCAACAAUCGGGCUUCAACUGUGCUUGAAAGCUUCCUUCAAGCAAUUAAUGAAUAUGGCAUACCAUCACGUGUCAGGUCUGAUAAAGGAGGAGAAAAUAUUCAGGUGGCACACUUCAUGGUCUCCAGAAGAGGCCAAGAAAGGAACUCGCAUAUUACUGGAAGAAGUACACAUAACCAGAGGAUAGAAAGGUUGUGGAGAGAUGUGUACGGAGGAGUACUUGAUCUGUUCUACACGACUUUCAGCAACAUGGAGUCAGAAGGCUUGCUUAAUCCUGACAAUGACUUGCAUCUCUUUGCUCUACACUGGACUUUCUUACACCAACUAAACAGACACCUUUACUUAUUUAAAGAAGGCUGGAACAACCAUCGCCUCCGCACUGAAGGGAACAGGUCUCCACAAGAGUUGUGGUCCCAAAACCAGCGAGAAGGUCAAGACCUAAACCAGGUUGACCAGGAUUAUGGCAUUGACUGGCAAGGUCCAAAUGGCCACCAUCCAGAGGGAGUGACGUUGCCCGAAGUCCAGCUUGCUCGGCCACUUACUGAGGAAGAACUUCAGAGACUACCAGAGCCCUCGGGGGGAUUUUCCAGUGUUUUAAAUGUGUAUACUGGGGCUAUUGAUGCACUGAAUGAUAUUUUUGAUGGUAUCUAAUAAAGUCAGUCUAAAUUUUA